AUGUUAUCAUCUUCUACGCUUCGUUUAUCUCACGUAGGUAAUGUGGUGGGUGGCAUUGGGAAUAUUUUAUCGUCGAUUUCGCCAUUCUCUUCCCCCUUCACCCCAUCGACCCCCCCUCCCUCUUCAUCACCGUCGUCCUUUUUCUCAGUUUCCCCGCAGGAGGAGAGCCCCAAAGCGGAAAAGCCGCCCUCCUCCACCGUUUCAUCCAUCGCGAAGCCUUUUUACGCGUCUUCGCGGGAACUACCCCAGGGGCUUGUGGAGGACCUCACCCGCGCGAAUUCUCAAUCCCAGUCUGGGAUGUUAAGGGAGGGGGCAAAUCGUCCGAAGCCCCUUCCCGCGACCCGAACGAGCCGCGCCGCGGGGUUUACUUCGCUUCUGGCAAAAAUAGCGUGGGAUAAGGCGGUGGGGACAACCCCCGAAGGGGGCCUACUGUCCCUUCGCAGUCAUCAAAACAUCGUGGAGACGCUCUGUCGGAUGCGCGGUGCGGUGUUAAAACUCGGGCAGAUGCUCAGCAUCCAGGACGAGGAGAUGGUACCCGCGCACAUCACCGCCCUCUUCGCGCGCGUGCGUGAUCAGGCCCUGUCAAUUCCCACAAAACAACUUGUUAAGGUCCUUAAUGUGGAAUUUAAAGACAAAAACUGGCAGGAAAAGCUGUUUUUGGACUUUGAGGAGACCCCGAUCGCGGCGGCAAGCAUCGGGCAGGUGCAUCGCGCGCGCAUUAAGCUAAAGGCGCUUUCGGAUGAAGAGCAACGUCGUUGUAGUGUCGUGGCGAAGAAGGCGAUCGAAGGCGAGGGUGAACUAAAAAGCGCAGAGGCAGAGGAAGAUUCGGUAGAGGUGGCGGUGAAGGUGCAGUACCCUGGCGUAGCGCAAAGCAUUGAUUCUGACAUUGCAAACCUGAAACUUUUGAUGAGGCUCAAUAUUUUUCCAUCCGGGCUCUUCAUGGAUAAGGUCCUGAGGGACAUGCGAGAUGAGCUUCGAAUGGAAUGCCAGUAUACGCUCGAAGGUGCUAAGCAGAAUAAAUAUUACGGUUUAAUUAACGCGGAUCCAUCGCUUAGCGACUUUUUCUCUGUUCCGUAUGUUUUUCAGUCGUUAAGCACCGACAACGUGAUGAUUUCCGAAUUCAUUCCUGGAAUAUCUGUCGAUAAACUCACCAAACGCGACGAUAUCCCGCAGGAUUUUCGAAAUUUUUUGGCUGAAAAGAUGUUACUUUUAACUUUGAAGGAACUUUUUUGCUGGUCUUUUAUGCAAACCGAUCCAAACUACGCCAACUUUAUCUACGAUGCGGAGGCAAAUCGUAUGCACUUACUCGAUUUUGGUGCCGCACGGGAGUACCCUUUAGAGUUUACGGAAGAUUAUCUGGAGGUGGUUGCCGCCGCCGCGCGGAUGGAUCGAGAAGGUAUUAUCAAAAAGAGCACGAAGCUCGGCUUUCUAUCAGGCCGUGAGGUUCCCGAGAUGGUCGAUGCGCAUGUAAGCAGUGUUAUGCUACUUGGCAAGCCCUUUCGUGAUCCAAUGAAUCCCUACGAUUUCACCUCCGAGAACUUGCCUUCUCAGAUUUCAAAAUACUUGCCCAUCAUGUUAAAACAUCGCCUGCGACCCCCACCUAUGCUCUCUUAUUCUCUCCAUCGCCGUUUGAGCGGGAUUAUUUUGUUGGCUUCGAAGCUCAACGCGACCGCCGCGUGUGGGGAAAUUUUUUGGAAGAUCUACGAGGAUGCGAGGGAGAUAAUGAUGGAGAAAAAAAGAGAGCAAGCGGCUCUGUCAUCGACAUGA